AUGGUUCUGAACUCGGGCAAUGACGCGGCCGACGCCACCAGCGCUGCCCCUCGAGCCAAGACGAAAUGGAAGCUCCCCCCCAUGAAAGCGUCAAGCUCGUCCCACCUACGGUGCCCCAACUGUGGCGUGGCACACCCGAACCCAUCGCUUGCCGACACAUAUCGGUACUGCCACAGCUGUGCCAAAGUCAUGCGGGAAUCGGUGGUCUGCCUGCUACCGCACUUGCAGCGCAGCCCGUGCCGCGGCUCGUUCGAAGGGCAAAAUCGACUGGUCGUCCUCGCGGCCUCGUAUGGCCACCCAACCAACUCACAGCACGCGGUAUCGGUGCUAGCCGAAAUACAGACCCUCAUAUCGUGCACCCCGACACACAGUCGCCUGCACCUUCCAGCCAACACGCCGCUGUUGGCCACGUUUUUUCCAGCACAUCAAGAUCCCGUUCCUGGCAAACGAAAGGUCCUUUGCCUGCGCUACGUUGUCCCGAACUUGAACCCCGACUUGACGCGGCACGGUGAAGUGCGGUGCGAGACCGGAGAAGACGGCGCUUUAUUCGCUCCAUUGACGCUGCAAUUCGGGGUCGACAACUUGCCAAAACUCUGGAUCAACCGAGCGACGUACGGGCAUCGCCACUCGAACACGCCAGGCCUUGUGUUUGACGUGGCGGAGCGGCUCACAGGGCUCGCCGAUCUGAACGGAGGAGACUUUGUAUCGGUCGCAGCCACGACCAACCUGACGCAAUUGUUUGGGGAGCCCUGUGAAGCUAUGGCAAAGACGCUGACUGUCGACUACGAAAUCAUCGGGCGAACGGGCCAAGCCAGGCAGUACGAGCAGGACGGGCGCCUCGUCGACGACAUAGUGAUCCAGCAUCUCCCUGUGGUUGGUCCGGGGAUCGUGAUUGAGCGGGCCGACUAUGGCUGGCUGCCACACGACCUCGAUCUCAAAUUGACGGACGUGGCUGCCCAAGCCAAACUAACGGCAAGCUUCCUGCAGGCUCGCAUCGACCGCGCGCAAGUGCCCGGCUCGUGCUUGAGCAUUCAUACAGACGAGAACCUGAACGCGCUGUUUGGAGACCCAUGCCCUGGUCUACCCCGCCUCCUCGUGGUGGAGUAUUCCCUUUUGGGUUACGGAGAGACCGGGUCCGACGACGAGAUCAUUAAGAAGGGCGGCGGCCACAGCCGCAACUUUGCCAUGGCCAAAGGGGGCAAGCUGCGGCUCCACGUAGCAGCCGAAGGGUUUCUGGCCAAGCCUGUCUCCAUCUCAAUCCAAGAAGUAUUUCCGUCGUUGGUUGUGUCGAGGGCGUAUUUUGGUCAUCCAACCAACGUCCUCAAGACAUUUGAUGUGACCGAGCCGAUCGGCGUGCUGGCGGCAAAAGGCAACGCAACCAAGUCGCUGGUCAUUCCAAAGCAGCUGGAUUUGGUGGCUGCCUACGGAGACCCGUGCCGCGGCAUCCGUAAGGCGCUGACGAUCAACUACCAAGUGCUCGGGAUGGGCGGAACGCUCGUGUUACCGACGACCGCCUCCAAUUCCCUUGCUGGAGGCCUCGUGCUGGGGUACCCGCUGGACAAAGUCGACGGCGGGGUGGAUGGCAAGAUGGGUUUCUACGAACGGCUAGCUGUAGCCACAGCGAAAUCCGCCAACAUGUCUGCCAGAGAAAGGAUGCAAACCAGCGCCAGUCAGCGGUUGUGGUCAAUGAAGUGA